UCUACAUGUCCUCCCCAGUCCAGAGAUAGAUUGCGAUGCUCAAUAAGAAUUCGCCGACAGCUUAUCUCGGAUCAGUGUAUCCUAUUGCGCUGGGAACAUGGCUCGUAUCGGUAUAAAAGCACGUCAUCUCUCGGCGAUAGUUCAAGUUCUCCCCCAUGCGCUAGGCGGAGAGACUUUAAAUAUAUCUAACUCCCGUGGUGUAUAAACGAAGACCUUCAACCCCAGAAGCCUUUAUUACAAAUAUCCUGCAAAAUGGGACGAACACUGACAUACCCCAAGCGGUCCUCCAACACUGUCAAUCGCUAUAAACACCGAGCUACUUAUGAUCUAAAAGCAAUCCAUUCCAUCAUCAAUUCAAGCCAGGUUCUCCAUGUAUCUUUUUCACCUGGACCCUCCGAUCCUUUCCCGGCAAUCUUGCCCAUGAUCGGGCAGAUGGGAUCGUUCGACUACCCAUCGGCGAGCAUUGACGAACCCCUAGACUGCUAUCUCCAUGGCUACGUCAGCUCACGGAUUAUGAAUUUAGCCCGGGAUUGUGAGGGAGACGGACUACCCAUUUGCGUCGCUGCUAGUAGAGUAGAUGGGUUAAUCCUUUCCUUAACUCCGAAUUCUCAUAGUUAUAACUAUCGGUCCGCCGUUUUGCACGGAUAUGCCAAAUUGGUCACUGACGAAGCUGAAAAGCUCUGGGCAAUGGAAUUGAUUACGAAUUCAGUGCUAUCCGACCGUUGGAGCCAUUCGCGGGUGCCUCCAGACAGUGCAGAGAUGUCAUCAACUGUGAUAUUGAAGGUCAAAGUUGUCGAUGGGAGCGGCAAGAUCCGAGACGGCGGUGUGUCAGAUGAAAAGAAAGACAAGACGAAUGAUGAAGUUACCGGCCGCGUUUGGACUGGCGUUGUGCCCGUUUGGAAGACAUUCGGAGAGCCCAUUCCAAGUCCUGAUAACAGGGUAACGGAAGUGCCUGAUCAUAUCACCAGGUUUAUUGCCGCUAGAAAUGAUCAAAAUCGGAGAUAUGCACAGGAGGCAGUCAAAGUUACACUUCCUGUUGAGGAGCAGCAUUAGACUACGCUCUUGAUUCUUCUUUUGCUUUUUUUUUCACCGUAUUAUCUUAUGGUUCAACGAUAGUUACAGAUAGUAACCAAUAUAUCUC